AAGACCGGCAUCUUGAUGCGAUGCUUUUCGCUCAUGCUUAUAAAGAGCUAUAUCUGCCCCCUUCGGAUUGCUCGGAAUAAUCACCUUCUCUUUCUUAUCUAAACAUUUCGAUUGUCCUAUUCACAUCAUGGAGGCUCCCAAGAAGGCACACGAUGGUCUAUAUGGACUUUUCUCAAAAUGGCCCAUCGCCCUUGACCUCGCCGGGUCCAAUCUUCCCUGCCGUCUGGAAGGCGAAAUCGCAGACCUUGUCGUAUUGGGCGAGAUUCCGAAAGAGAUCAGCGGCACCUUUUACCGUGUCAUGGUCGACCCGUUUGUUCCACCAGAUGAGCGUAACGUGCCCAUUGACGGCGAUGGGAAUAUCUCGGCAUUCAGAUUUCACGAAGGUCGUGUGGGUAUGAAGAUGCGCUAUAUUGAAACCGAGCGCUAUAAACUUGAGCGCAAGGCAGGUAGGGCACUAUUCGGCCUAUAUCGAAAUCCCUUCACACAUCACCCUUGUGUGAGGGCGGCUGUGGAUUCUACGGCAAAUACCAAUUCUUCCCUACGCAUUGGACCCGGACACCUUGGACACCGACGCCCAGGAAGCGUUGCACAGUAUGGUUGGGCAAAUGGGGAGCAUCGUGUAUAUUCGUGGAAGAACUGUAUGCCGAUCCAUACCGCAAGUGCUUGGGAAAUCGAUGGGAGAAUCUAUGCAGAAAGCUCGAGGGUUCAUGAUAAUGCCUUCCCCUUUUCCCCACCCGAGGACGGCAGAAUGCCAUCUCCCAAGACAAAGGCUGAUUUCGUUCGUUGGGAAUUCGACCUUAGCAGACCAACUGGCACCAUUAUAUCCGACCCAGUUGUGAUCCUUGACCUUCCUUCGGAAUUUCCCAGGAUUGAUGAAAGGUUCCUAACCACCAAGCAUGAGUGGGUUUUCCUCAAUGUUUUCAUUCCUGAGAAUAGCGACGGGAGUAAGAAUAUCUUCCAAGGGCUCAACGGACUGGCAAUGCACAGCAAUUACACCGGUGAAACUCGCUAUUUCUACGCUGGCGAUAAAGCACUUUGCCAAGAACCCAUUUUUGUUCCACGCUCCGAGGCAGAAGCUGAUGGAUGGGUUAUGAUGUUGAUUGAAAGAAAGGCUGAAAAUCGAUGUGAUAUCGCAAUCAUUGACACCAGGAAUUUCGAAAAGCCAGUUGCUAUUGUGCAGCUCCCAUUUCAUGUCAAAGCUCAAAUUCACGGCAAUUGGGUGCCAGGCUCGGUACUGAACAAGAAAAAAAAAAAAGCCUUGUCAGGCAGUAUGAAGGGGUUGAUGUUAGCGGUAAAGGCGCAUUAGAGCCCAUUGUAAGCUCGAAAUGCCCAAGGUUGUUGUUGUCGUUAGUUGAACUCUUCUGUGUCUUUGCUUCCAUUGUAUUUUCGCUGUCGCGGCAAUGAUAUAACCCAUAAAUUUAUAUAAAUACCUGUUUAGCUCUAUUUGCAGUAUAAUCCUAGCCUUUCUUUUAUAACUUCCCCAACGUGU